AUGGCGGCUGGUAAGCCAGGCAUCCACUCUGUCGCAUACACAGCACCUGUGGUAGCUGCUGCAUACACCGCCCCAGUUGCUGCUGCCUAUACUGCCCCAGUAGCCGCCGCUUAUACCGCACCGGUUGCUGCUGCAUAUGCUGCUCCCUUCGCUGCUGCCUACACUGCCCCCGUUGCUGCUGCAUACACUGCACCCGUCGCCGCUGCAUACACUGCACCCGUCGCCGCCGCAUAUGCCGCCCCUGUGGCCGCUGCUUACUCUGCUCCAGUGGUCGCUGCUGCUUAUAAAGCCCCUGUCCUGCUCAAAUGA